UGUCCCGAAAUUGACAAACAUUCUUAAUUCACAAAGUGUUCCUAGUUUGUGAUCUUCACUUAUGACUAUUAUGAAAUCACAGAUGAGUUAUUCUUAUAGUUUAUUUCUUAAACCUCUACAAUUAUGAAUGUACCAAUAAUUUGUAAAAUUCUGUGCCGAGUGCCGGCUACUGUACAAAUGCGUUCUGUUCUGUAAUCCGUAUAAUAAUCAUAUUUAUUUUUGACAAUAUUAUUAUAACCUAGGAACGCCAAGUUACAAAACUCAAAAUGAAUACACAUAUAUGUAUUAAUUGCAAUAAUAGAAAAACAAUCAACCGAACUGAUAAUAGACUAGUGACAGAGAGUUGUGGUCAUGUAAAGUGUAUGGAUUGUCUACUACAAGAAAAAUCUGGUUGUGUCGCCUGUAGUGAGUCUAAGAUAAGUCAAGUACAUGGUUCCAAAUUAGAAGCAACUGAACUAAUAGAUGCGUCUAUUGGUAAUCCAGAAGAGAAAAAAUCUGAAUGUAAUGAUUUAAAUAGGAUAACACCAGAAACUGCUCAUAUCAAAGUUGAAACAGAUAUGUCUGGCAUAAAAUACUAUCUGUGUACCAUUUGCAAUAAAAAGUUACAGACUCGUAAACACACCAUUUAUCAUGCAUACUGCAAUGGACAAAAGAAACCGUACCAAUGUGUGGAAUGUAAUCAGGGUUUUGUGUCUCAAUCUCAUUACAAAUAUCACAUGAGGGUUCAUCGGAACGAGAAGAUAUAUCCGUGCGACGUGUGCGGUUCGAGCUUCGUGCAGAUGUCUAAAUUGAAACGCCAUAAGCUGAAACAUUCGAACGAGAGAACGUUUUCGUGCCCUCAAUGCGGCAAAUCUUUCAACAACGCGACCGCUCUGCGCAAGCACAGCCUGACCCACUCGGAGGAGAAGCCCUUCGCGUGCGAGACUUGCGCCAAGAAGUUCCGAGACAAGUCCAACUACCGGAAGCACUUGAUGCGGCACCGAGACGCGAGCGCGGCGCAGGACGGGCCCCGCGGCGCCGGCCGGAGCCACCAGUGCCCGCGCUGCCCUCGCGCCUUCCACUCCCGCAAGGACAUGCGUCGCCAUCUCGCCGUGCACACAGAUUCGAAGCCGUUCCGCUGCAAGCUCUGCGAGCGCCAGUUCCGCCGCAAGGACAACCUGGAGAGGCAUAUCCGCAACACGCAUCCCGAGGUGUACGCGCCUUCGAGCGCCGUUCUCUGCGAGCGCCGAGCUCCCGAGGCGCCGGUGGAGCCCGAGGCGCCGGUGGAGCCCGAGGCUUCCGAGGAGCCCGCAGCAGACGCCCGGUCCAUCCUCGAAGCCAAUAACGCGCGACGGAGCGUGAUCGUGGAGAAGAGGAGGACGGCGGCCGAGGCGCCGAACCCCGUCCAGGAGGACGAGUACGUGCACAAGAUCCGGAAGGCCGUGGUGCCCCUGCCUCCCAUCGACCAGGAGAAGUUCCAGAGCGUGAGACGAGGCAUCCCGCCCGCCGACCCGGCGCCGCCGAUCAGGAACGUCGAGAUCUACCAGAAGAUCCUCUACGGCCGCGCCCUGCAUAGUCCCAAGGCGCUCUGGCGGAGGAAGAUGGAGGAGAACACCGCCUAAUUUCUAAACGACUUUUAUCUUCGGUACCGCGGGGAUCCUUCGUUUGAUGGAGUGAGAUUUUGGGCCAAAAAUGUUAAUCGAUCUCGAAGUUUAAACAUAUCAUUCAUUUUAUGUUAAUUAAUAUUUAAUAAAGAUCAAAUAUAUUCACCUUCCAAAGGAAAAAAAUUUAAGAAUUCGUUGUCAAAAAUGUAUUAAAUCUUCACGAUUCGUUUACAUUAGGACUGGCUCUUGCGAUUCCAGUAUACGGUAUAAUAAUAAUCAUAGAGAGAACUGAUUAUUGGGGUAAAUUCAAAAACGACUAAACUCUCACUUAGAGAUAUAAACAUACAAAAAGUUAAAGCAAAUAUCUGACUUAUUAUUUCAUUUGUGUGCAGCAGAGCUGGAGUUGCUUUUUAAAUAUAAUAUUUUAUUAUUAUAGGAGCAUUAGCAAAGUGUAAGUCGCCAGAUUUGUAUGUGGAGAACGGUUCUUUGGUGGAGGUUAUCGAAAGAAUGUUUAUGUCCUUGUGUAAAUUUUAGCUUGUAAUAUCGACUGAAGAUGAUCUCGGACACAUUCACUCAGAUCUCAAGGAGUUUAUGUAAAGUAGGUACGACACUAAGUGAACUAUGUAUUUUUAAUUUAAUAAUACAUUUUGUAUAUGCA